CUUUCCUUCCCUUUUGUCCAGACGUGCCAUCCAUUGCUAUUCGGAUCUCGUCGUCUCCUGCAUGAGAAGACAUUCCUGUCUGUUCCCAGGGGACCCAGGACCCUGGAUUCUGGCCCCGCUGACCCCUGAGCCUUUGACAGCUGCCCAGCCUCGUGAGCUUUCAGGACAAGUCAGGUCCCAGCGAAGCAAUUAACCGCGGCGUCUGCGCCAGAGAACAAACAGAGAGCAGCCCCAGAGACGUGUGGGAAGCCGAGGAGCCGAGGUGGUAACUAAACAGGAGGUGGGACCUGGAGCGUGAGGUUCUUAGGAGCAGACAAGGAUGAAUCAGCUGAAGGUCCUGGCCAGCCGGCUCCGACCUCAGGCUGCCCAGCUUCUGGUGAAGCUCCACGCUCCCCUGCUGAGCCAGCGGGGUCCGUCCUUCAGGCCACCUAAGGCCUUCCUGAGCAGUGCCAGCUCCAGCUAUGUGGAGGAGAUGUACUUUGCCUGGCUGGAAAACCCACAGAAUGUGCACAAGUCCUGGGAUACUUUUUUUCGGACUGCCAGCAUGGGAGUAGCCCCAGACCAUGCCCAGCCGGGGCUUCCAUCCGUUAUUCACCCACCUGCUGUCCAAGAGGGCCCUGGACGCACCAAGAGCCAGGCCAAGACCGAGAAGCUGGUGGCAGAUCACUUGGCUGUACAGUCUCUGAUCCGGGCCUAUCAGAUCCGCGGUCACCACGUGGCCCAGCUGGAUCCCCUUGGAAUUCUGGAUGCUGAUCUGGACUCAUUUGUACCCUCGGAUUUAAUCACCACCAUUGAUAAGCUGGCCUUCUAUAAUCUUCAUGAAUCCGACUUGGACAAGGUUUUCCAUUUGCCCACGACCACCUUCAUUGGGGGCACAGAGAGCACCCUGUCUCUGAGAGAGAUUAUCAAGCGUUUGGAGAACACUUACUGCCAGCACAUCGGCCUGGAGUUCAUGUUCAUUAAUGAUGUGGAACAGUGCCAGUGGAUCCGGCAGAAGUUUGAGACCCCUGGAGUGAUGAAAUUCACCAACAAGGAGAAGAGGACUCUGUUGGCGCGGCUGGUGCGGUCCACCAGAUUUGAGGACUUUCUGGCCCGGAAGUGGUCCUCAGAGAAGCGAUUUGGCUUGGAGGGUUGCGAGGUCAUGAUUCCUGCCCUCAAGACGAUCAUCGACAAGUCAAGCGAGAUGGGGAUCGAGAACGUGAUUCUGGGAAUGCCGCACAGGGGCCGGCUCAACGUCUUGGCCAACGUGAUCCGCAAAGAGCUCGAGCAGAUUUUCUGUCAGUUUGACCCCAAGUUGGAGGCAGCAGAUGAGGGCUCUGGGGACGUCAAGUAUCACUUAGGCAUGUAUCAUGAGAGGAUCAACCGGAACACAAACAGGAAUAUCACCCUGUCCCUGGUGGCCAACCCCUCCCACCUGGAGGCCGUGGACCCUGUGGUACAGGGGAAGACGAAGGCGGAGCAGUUCUAUCGGGGAGAUACCGAGGGCAAGAAGGUCAUGUCCAUCUUGGUCCAUGGAGAUGCAGCCUUUGCGGGGCAGGGUGUUGUAUAUGAGACUUUCCAUCUCAGUGACCUGCCGUCCUAUACCACUAAUGGCACUAUCCAUGUCGUGGUCAACAACCAGAUUGGAUUCACCACCGAUCCCCGGAUGGCCCGCUCCUCCCCUUAUCCCACAGACGUGGCCCGUGUGGUCAAUGCACCCAUUUUCCACGUGAACGCAGAUGAUCCCGAGGCCGUGAUCUACGUCUGCAGCGUGGCUGCUGAGUGGAGAAACACUUUCAACAAGGAUGUUGUUGUAGACCUGGUGUGUUACCGCCGGCGUGGACACAAUGAGAUGGAUGAGCCCAUGUUCACACAGCCUCUGAUGUACAAGCAGAUUCACAAGCAGACGACGGUCCUGAAGAAGUACGCAGACAAGCUGAUUGCCGAGGGCACCGUCACUUUGCAGGAGUUUGAGGAAGAAGUUGCCAAAUACGAUAGGAUUUGUGAAGAAGCUUAUACCCGGUCCAAGGAUGAGAAGAUUCUGCAUAUUAAACACUGGCUGGAUUCCCCGUGGCCUGGCUUUUUCAACAUGGAUGGGGAGCCCAAGAGCAUGACGUACCCUGCCACGGGCAUCCCCGAGGACAUACUGCUGCACAUUGGCAAAGUGGCCAGCUCGGUGCCCCUGGAGGAUUUCAAGAUCCACGGAGGGCUCUCCCGGAUCCUGAAAAACCGAGUGGAGCUGGUCAGGAGUCGGAUGGUGGACUGGGCCCUGGCAGAAUACAUGACCUUCGGCUCCCUCUUGAAGGAGGGCAUCCACGUGCGGCUGAGUGGGCAGGAUGUGGAGAGGGGCACGUUCAGUCACCGGCACCAUGUGCUCCAUGACCAGGAAGUUGACCGCAGGACGUGCGUCCCUAUGAAUCACCUCUGGCCUGACCAGGCCCCCUACACCGUGUGCAACAGCUCGCUCUCCGAAUAUGGAGUCCUGGGGUUUGAACUUGGCUUUGCAAUGGCCAGCCCCAACGCCCUCGUGUGCUGGGAGGCCCAGUUUGGUGACUUCUACAACACGGCCCAGUGCAUCAUCGACCAGUUCAUCAGUUCGGGUCAGACCAAGUGGGUGCGGCACAACGGCAUUGUGCUGCUCCUCCCCCAUGGCAUGGAGGGCAUGGGCCCUGAACACUCCUCUGCCCGACCCGAGAGAUUCCUGCAAAUGAGCAAUGAUGAUUCGGACGCCUAUCCAGAGUUCAGUGAUGACUUUGAGGUUGGACAGCUCUAUGAUUGCAACUGGAUUGUUGUCAACUGUUCCACACCUGCCAACUACUUCCACGUGCUCCGGAGGCAGAUCCUGCUCCCCUUCAGGAAGCCGCUCAUCAUCUUUACUCCCAAGUCCCUGCUGAGGCAUCCUGAUGCCAAGUCCAGCUUUGAUGAGAUGGUGUCUGGUACCAGCUUCCGACGGAUGAUUCCUGAGGAGGGGUCGGCGUCCCAGGCCCCUGAGGAUGUGAAGCGGCUAAUAUUUUGCACAGGAAAGGUAUAUUACGACCUAGUAAAAGAACGGAAAAACCAGGAUCUGGACAAGCAAGUAGCUAUUACUCGGCUAGAACAGAUCUUUCCCUUUCCCUUUGACCUUAUAAAACAAGAAAUAGAAAAAUACCCCAGAGCCGAACUCAUCUGGUGUCAAGAGGAGCACAAGAACAUGGGCUAUUACGACUACAUCAGCCCCCGGUUCCGCACCGUCAGCCGGACUCGGCCCAUAUGGUACGUUGGGCGAGACCCGGCCGCUGCUUCCGCCACGGGGAACAAGAACACUCACCUGGUGUCCCUGAAAAAGUUCCUGGACACAGCCUUCAACUUGGAGGCAUUUGAGGGAAAGACAUUUUAGAGCCGAGGGGCGGGUGCCCUCCCUCUGUCCUCCAGGUGACUGAGCGGUGUGAGAAAGAGCGGCUUCCAAAGACUGGAACAACUGAGGGAGCAGGAAGUGUGGAGGGCCAGCCUUUGGUGGACUGAAUCGUUUCCCUUUUCUCUUGAGAUCCUGAGGAGGGAAGAGACCUUGGGAGAGGUGCUGGCGGAAAAGGGCCUUGGGCUGGGGUUUUCUUCAGGACUAAUACACCUUUGCCUCUGCUCUCCAAAUUGAUGGUGUAACUUUCUCUUCCUGGGUUAUCCUCUUUCCUAAUUAGGAUCUUAUCUCUUUUUGAAGCCAGUGGAAAUGACUGAUUGAGAGUAGCCCAUCUCUUACCCUUCCUUUCUUUGCAGCCCGAGGUGAUUAAAUGAAUAAGCAGCAGAUGAAAAGGAAAUAUUAUUUUGUGUUCUUCUAAAUGGGAAUUUCAGCAAUAAACCUGGGUGAAGCUAAGUAAUGUUGGAACAAUUGGGUUUUUUGUGCCCUGUUUUACAGAGCCACAUAAUAUGAAGUUUGUCUACUCCUGUAAUCAGUGUGCCCAGGACUCAAUGUGUACCAAAGUAGAAAACAGAAUUAAUGUAGAAAUAAACAAUGGUAAAACAUA